AUGCCAGUACCCUUAAGAAAAUGUCAAGGCGUGGCCAAGCAGGCGGAACAAAUCUUGCCACGUGGACAAGAAGUAGGAAGAGCUAUCCACGACUGUCAGUGGCAAAUCGCCAGGACGAGCCCACUUCUUGGCCGCUACCGUGCUCUGUUCUCGUUCUCACUUUCCGCUUGGCAAUUGAAAACCAUUCGUUUCCACUUCCCUUUCAUUCUCAAGCUCUCUGAAACACCACCAUCACAAAACCAUGAUGACGACGUCGAUUCGUAUCUCGGCUUCCUCCUCUCUCCUCCUCUCCGCUCCGCCAAGCUGGAUCAUGCUCCAAGAAUUUCAUUUCUGAAACCGUUGAAGUCUCGUCAGGCGCGGAGCGUUAGUGUUGUUAAAGCCAACUUUCCAAACUACUGCACGAAAGCUGCUCUGAACGGGAAUUUGGAGACCGUCGGAGUUCCGACGUCGGUGCCAGUGCGUGUAGCCCAUGAGCUGCUUCUUGCUGGACAUCGCUAUUUGGAUGUGAGAACUCCCGAAGAAUUCAACGCAGGACACGCUCCAGGCGCAAUUAACGUACCAUACAUGUACAGAGUUGGAUCAGGUAUGACAAAGAAUGCCAAUUUUGUUGCAGAAGUCUCAUCACAUUUUAGAAAAGAUGAUGAGAUUAUUGUUGGUUGUCAACUUGGUAAAAGGUCCAUGAUGGCUGCUACUGACUUGUUAGUUGCUGGAUUUUCUGGAAUUACAGACAUAGCUGGGGAUUCGCUGCUUGGACUCAAAAUGGACUUCCAACAGAACAGUGAAGUGCCAAGGCGGGACUUACAACUUUUAAACUGUAUAGAAUUAGGUUUCUUGCUGGGAGUUCCAUGAAUUUGUGAUUCAAACACUUCCUUAAGUUAUUAACAACUUUGAUACUGGAAUCGCGACGAAGAAGAAAAAAAAUCAUGGUAAACGAAGAAGGAAAAACAUUAUGGUAAUGUAUAUCUUUGUUGAUAAUAAUAAAUAAAGUGCCUUGAUUAUUUUCAGUUCCAAA